UCUUUAUGAUUAAAUCAAGAAACUUUAUUUUUGAUUUGAAAAUUGGUUUUAGGCAAAAGGAAAGCUUGAGAAGUCAAUGGUGGUGGCUGAUGGUAAUUCAGGUGAGAGUAUAGAUAGUGAAGAACGCACAAGUUCUGGAAUGUUUCUGACCAAAAGACAGGAUGAUAUAGUAGCUAAUGUCGAGGCUAAACUUGCUACAUGGACCUUUCUUCCCGAGGAAAAUGGGGAAGCCUUACAAAUAUUGCACUAUGAGAAUGGUCAAAAAUAUGAUCCACAUUUCGACUACUAUUACGACAAGGAAACUCUAAAGCUCGGUGGUCAUCGGAUCGCCACCGUACUAAUGUACUUGUCCAAUGUCACAAAGGGUGGAGAAACAGUGUUUCCUAUGUGGAAGGGUAAAACACCUCAGCUAAAAGACGAUAGUUGGUCGGAAUGUGCAAAACAAGGCUAUGCAGUGAAACCGAGGAAAGGGGACGCAUUGUUGUUCUUCAAUCUUCAUCCAAAUGCAACCACGGAUCCAACUAGCUUACAUGGAAGUUGUCCGGUGAUUGAGGGAGAGAAAUGGUCAGCAACCAGAUGGAUUCAUGUUAGGUCAUUUGGUAAGAAGCAACCAGAUGGGUGUGUGGAUGAUCAUGAGAGCUGCGAAAUAUGGGCAAAGGCAGGGGAAUGCGAGAAGAAUCCAAUGUACAUGAUGGGUUCAGAAACUGACCUUGGAUAUUGUAGAAAGAGUUGCAAAGCUUGUUGAUCUUAAGAACAACAACAAGUGAACUAAAGAGUUAUUUUUUUU